AUGAACUUCAAAAAUCGUAGUAGUAGUAAUGAAAAUGAAAAUGAAAAUUUAAAAAUGGAGAAACAGGGAAAAGAAGAUAAAGAUGGGUUAGACCCAUUAAAAAAACUAAAAAAAGAAAGAGAAUUAUUAAUUCAAUGGUCUAAAAAAUUAAAAAAUAAUAAUUCGUCUUUUUUAAAUAUUGACAAGUUAGACAUUGAGCAACAUAAUGAAAAGGAAUAUUCAAGUGACAAUUCAUUAAAUGAAAAAAAACAAAAAAAAUUUAAAAUAAAUAAAAAAAAAAAUGAAGAACAUUAUUAUAUGACCGAAUCUGAUGAUAAUGAUAAUGGUAAUGGCGAUAAAAAAAAUAUACAGAUAUAUCUCAAUGAUGACCAUUUUGACAAAAAAAUAUAUAAAAAUAAUAUAAAUUCCAUGUAUGGUAACAAAAAGAAACCCAUAAAAAUUGUAAAAAAACAAAACGAUAUUAGAAAUAGUGUUAAUCUAAAAAAUGUAGAUCAUGGAAAUGAUAUUGAAAUAAAUAAAACUGAUGGACAAAAUUAUAUUGGAAAAUUUUAUAACGAAAAUAUUUUACAUAAAAAAAAUGAACAUUCUUUUAGUGAUUCUAGUAUUGAAAUGUCAGAAAAUUUAAGUGAAAUAGUAGAUCAUAACAAUUCUUAUGAAAAUCAAAAUAUAAAUGAAUAUAAAACUAUAGACUCUGAUAAUACACAAAUAAAUUAUCAGAAUAAAAAAAAAAACAGAAUUGAAUAUAGCAAUCAUGAUAUGCGUAAUUAUUAUGAAAAUUCUAAUAAUAAUAAAAUCGUUAAAAAUAUAGAAGCAAAUAAAAGCGAUGAGGAAUAUGAAGACAACAAUUUAAGAUGGAAAGAAAAUAGUUACAGAUAUAAUAUUGAUAAUUAUAGUGGUGAUAAAAAAGAAAUAAAUAAAAAAAAAAUAAAGUUAACAAAAAAAUUCGAAAAUAAAGAAAACGCGAGCGAAUUAUAUAACAUAGGUAGAAGCGAAAAAAGUGUGAAAAAUAUAAAAAAUACGGAAUACCACAAAUUUCAAAGCUAUGCUAACAUUAGCAAUAGCAGCAAAAGUGACAAUGAUAAAAUUCCUCAAAAUAAUAAUUAUCAUCAUUAUAAGUCAACAAUUAAUAGUGCUAACACAUAUGUACCUAUCCCAUCAAUUGUUAAUUUGAAAGAUAAUGAAUCGAAUACAACUUUAUAUUCAAAUAAUGAUGGAAGUAUAGAAAAUUAUAAAAAAAAUAGUGGAACAAUAUUAAAAAAUAAAGAAGGAAUAAAAUUUGCUACAUUAUUAAAAGAAAAAGUAAAUUUAUUAGAAAAUAAAAAAGAAAUAUUAAAUGAUAGAAUCAAAGAUUUACAUGAUAACACAUAUAGUCUUAUGGAAACAAAAGAAAAAGACAAUUUAACUAUACAACAUUAUGAAUUAUUAAUAAAAAAUUUAGAAGCAAAAUAUAAUAAACUAUUUAAUAUGUAUCAAGAAUUAGAUGAACAUAGAAUAUCAUAUGUUGAUGCUUAUAAAGAAAAACAAACAAAAAUUGAAAAUUUAUCUGCAAUUAUGCAAAUUAAAAGUGAAGAAAAUUUAAAAUUAACUCAAGAAAUAAAUAUAUUAACUAAAAAAAAUGAAGAAAUGCAAGGACAAAUUUAUGAAUAUAUAAAAGAUGCUGAAGAUAAAGAAAAAGAAUUUAAUGAAAAAAAAGAAGAAUAUUUUAAAUUAGUUAAUUUAUUUGAAAAAAAUAAAAAAGAAAAUGAUCAAUUAAAAAAAGAAAUAGAUGAAAAAGUUAAAGAAAUAGAUGAAAUUAAAAAACAAAAUAAAAACUUAAAAGAAGAAAAUGAAAAAUUUAAAGGUAAACAAAAAAAUAUAACUAAAUUUAAUUCCAAAAUUAAUGAUGGAGCUGAAUUUUAUAUUCCCAAAAUUGAUAAUUUAUUAUGUAUUAUUAAUAAAAUGAUGCAAAUAUUUAAACUUAAUGAAGAAGAUAUAAUGAAAUAUGCUAGUUAUCUUAAAGAAAAUUCAAACAUAAUUAAACAAAAAUUACAAAAUAAUGAUAAUAUAUAUGAUGAUAUAAUCAAUAUAUUAAAUGCAAAUGUGUUAGAUCCAAUUGUUAAUAUUGUUAAAAAAAGAGACGAAGAAUAUUCUGAACAUAAUAAAAUAAUGCAAAUUAAAUUCGAUGAUGAAAUAUUAAAAAUGUAUGAAACUAAUAUUAAUAAUGUUGAACUAGCCAAUGAAUAUAUUGAACAGUUAAGAAAUAAAAUCACACACAUAUCUAUACAAAAAGAUAAUAUUAAAAAAAGAACCAUAUUAUUGUCAAAUGGGCAAGGAAGAUUAAAUGAUAAACCAAUUAUCAAAGAAAUACAAAAAAUGGACAAAGGAACAUUAAUAUAUAAAUGUAAAUUUCAUACCUUUACUCAUAAACCUGUACUAAUAUAUAUGAAAAUGGUAAAUAAUCGUUUCAUAACAUGGUCUAAAAAUGUUAAACAAAAAAAAUUCAAAAAAAAAAAUUUGAUAGACAUUCAGGAUAUCACGUCCAUAGAAUAUGGGUUAAAUAGUAGGCCCGUAUACUGGCUUAUUGAAAAACAAAAUAAAGAAAAACUUAAACAAAAUAAAAUUAAAUCAAACGAAAUUUACAAUAGUUCAUACACUAUUAAUCCAUAUAAAUCCUUUACAAUUUAUACAAAAAAAAGAGCUUAUGAUUUUUUUUCAAGUAAUGACAAUACAAUUGCAACAUGGGUAGUAGGGUUAGGGGUCCUAUCAUAUGAAUAUAAUAAAAAUUCAAAUAUACAAUCAAUGUCUGAAUUUAUUAUUAAAAAAGUUCAACUUAAAUUAAAAAUAUACUGCAUUAAAAAUAAUAUAACUUAUACUAAACUAUGGAAAGACGCCAUUAAUAAAACACAAAAAGAAUUAUUAUAA